UGUACCGUUGGUGUCACGAGCUUACGCACCACUAAGCACUCUGCAUGUAAAUACUCAAGCUAGGUCUCGUCUGCUCACCUCUUUCUUUUUCCUUUGUGCGAAUAUACCUCCACACCUUUGCUGUUCCAUACCACUCGCUCCAUCAGUCUCUCGCUACUAGUCUAAACGGAUACAUCACACACCUAUAAUACCCAUCAACUACACCGCCUUCCUAUAUAUUCUAUCACCAUGGCACUUAGUAACGGAGCUAUCAUCGUCAUCGUCAUCGUUUGCUGCGGCGCAUUUGUCUGCUGCCUAGGAGCAGUGGGCUGGGUCUAUCGCCGACAAGACUUUGACCAACAAGGCGUGAACCACGGCUGGCAACCCACCAACGAUCAAAGCGAUUACAUGCGAGAAAUCAGACAGAAGAAUCAGAAGGGCAUGCUCCAUGCCGCACGAUACCACAAGAGAUCUCUGAGUUCGCAGCCUUCGCGAUCGGACUUCACAAGUGAUUGGAGAAGUCCGAGCAGAAGCGAGGCUAUCAGUCCUGUUUGAUUGAGCUGAGUAUAUGCGAUGCUCUU